GUAUAUGCGUGCGGCUUCUUUCCUACAGUCUCCGGUGCAGCUCAGAGACUGCUUGUCACUGUUUACCAGGCUAAUAUUCAUUCUUCUUCAAGUGUUGUCCCCUUACCAGGUGCUCUUGUCUUCCUGAAGGCCGGGACCGAGAAUUUAUUUCGCUCUCUUGCGAAGCGAAUGGAAGGAAGCGACAUAAGGAACCGAGCCGACCCGGGUCAGUCCCGGCCAGGUCGAGAUACGAGAGAGAGCAGCACCCAGACUGACAGCAGAGUGCAAGGUCAUGGCUUCAGGUUAUCGAAGGUAAACCUGUUUACCUUGUUGAGUCUGUGGAUGGAGCUGUUCCCCCAGGAGCAACCUGAAGAGGAUGACCACAGUCCAAUCCGUGGGAUGGGUCUGGUGGUGGUGCGGGACAGUAAGGUGGUUGGGCUCCACUGUUCAGGGCCUGAGCUCCACGCAGGACAGGCAGCCAUCAUCCAACAUGGCGCCUGCCUGGCUGACUGUCACUUGUACUUCUCUAGGAGACCCUGCGCUACCUGCCUCAAGAUGAUCAUCAACGCUGGAGUCAGUCAGAUCUCCUUCUGGCCCGGAGACCCUGAGAUCAGCAUGCUGAGGUCCACCUCUACAAACCAUGUAAACUCCCACAGUCCACCUGUGUGCAUCAUGGAGGAGGCUGCCCUGGACGCCGUGGCGACAGAGAAGCUGAAGUCCAACAGCUGUCCUCACAUCUGCGUGCUGCUGCAGCCGCUGGCGCCCGGCCUGGCGCAGUUUGUUUACGAGACGUCCAGAGAGUGUGAUUUCAUGGAGAGAGUGACUGAUGAUGAACCAGGGCUGAACACACAGGAACUCUUUAACAGAGAGCGGACAAGACACCUGAAGGAUUUCUCCAGACAGUUCCUGCUCGAGACGUCUCGGCAGCACCGGGAGAUUCUGACCCAAAUGGGCCUGGAGAACUUCUGUGUGGAGCCGUACUUCUCCAACCUGAGACAAAACAUGAUGGGGCUGGUGGAGGUUCUAGCUGCAGUGGCUGCUGGGGUGCCACAGCAACACUACGGCUUCCACAGGGAACAGCAUUCAACCCCUGACCCCAAGUCCUCACUGCCUCCUCGUCACGAGGGACUAUCCCAAGAAGUGGCUCGCCAUUGCAUUAUCCAAUCCAGGCUUCUGGCUUAUAGAACAGAGGACCCUAAAGUGGGUGUGGGUGCUGUCAUCUGGGCCAAAGGACAGUCGGCUAGCAGCGGUGGAACAGGGUGUCUGUACCUGGUGGGUUGCGGCUACAACGCUUACCCGGCAGGCUCACAUUACGCCGAGUACCCCCAGAUGGACAACAAACAAGAGGACCGCCAGAGACGCAAAUACAGAUACAUUGUACACGCAGAGCAGAACGCCAUCACCUUCAGGACUCGAGGCAUCAAACCAGAGGAGCCCACCAUGCUGUUUGUAACCAAAUGUCCCUGUGAUGAGUGUAUCCCUCUGAUCAGAGGAGCCGGCAUUACACACAUCUACACCACCGACCAGGACAGGGACAAGGACAAGGGAGACAUUUCCUACCUGAGGUUCAGCAGCCUCAAGAACAUCAGUAAAUUCAUAUGGCAGAGGAGCCCUUCAGUUUGCUUGGCGUCGUCUCCUCACCUUGGCAAUGGUUACGUUGGGAAGCACAGCAGGCAGGCUGAGCACGAGAGCCACAGCAACAAGAAGAUGUGCACCAACAGAUCCCACGACUCACCUACUCUUCGCUGAACAUCAGCCACGCAUGGAUGGAUGGACAGAUAAAAGGAUAUACCAAAAACAGAAUCAUGUUUUUAGCUCACGACCCACAGAUUUGAUAUUUUAUGGAUGCAGCAAAAAAGAAAUCAGAAUAUUAGUCAUUUCCUCCCUGAAGAUCAAAUCUGGGUACCACAUUUUACGUUACGUUUUACGUUCUCUAUUUGCCCUUUUUAUGUAGGACUGAGAUUGGUUUUGUGAGCCAUGUUUUUUUGCAAGACCGGUCAGUUUGUAGGUUAUGUAAUCAGGACAUCGACAUUAGCAUCUUUCUUGUGUCCCUCUGGAGACUGUUAAAUCUGCUGCUGCAUGUUUAUGUUUUAUACCAAGCUGAGUGAUAACAGGAGCCAACAGCAGCCAACUCUGGCAGUUUACAGUUGCACCUAAAAGGCUAUAUUUGGACUGCCAGGGGCUGCUUUAAUUGGGAAUUGUUAUUGGCGGGUGACUGGAGGAAAGUCCCCCGUGUCCUUUAAGGUGUCAAGAAGUGCCAGCCUUCCUCUAAAAUACUUAAUCUGAAACUUUCCUAGCAUUGUAUCUUCCAUCUAUCUUCCAGUCCUGUUAUUAAGAAGUCAGCGGUGUGGAGAGACAAGAACAAGCUGAAAACCAUACAACACGCUGACUUCAAAGGGAAACCACUAAGAAGGGAUGGAUGGUUGCAUCAACAAUAGAAGAGGUGUAAAGAACACAGUGACUGAACGAAAUGAAGCAGAGCAAGACGGGAAAUAGAGAUACCACAAAAAAUAAUAUAUUUAAAAUAGUAAUAUAAACCCAGUAUGUGGAUUUUUUUUUAUACAAAAGCUGAAUAGUUUAUGUAAAUUGUGUAAAGUGUUUGAUAUCAAGAAAUCAUGUAAGUAUGUGUGCACAGGUAGCCCCUGUUGCCCCUGGAUGUUGACUUGAACAAGGUUUAAAAGAAGAAGCAUC